AUGCUAAUUACACUAUCAUCUUAUUUUGAAAAAGAAAACUCCUCAGAUGAUGAAGGUAAGUGUCUCAUGGCUAAGAUUGUUGAAUCUUACGCUGACAUUUCACAUGAUAGCAUUGGGAUCCUUGACGCUGAUCCUCCUCAUGCUGCUAAAGAUCUCAUGUCAGAACGGGACAAAACCUCGACGUAUCAGUGCCCAGUUAGCAAUUGCGAACCUGAAGAUCAAUCAAAGUCUUUUAUUUCUGAUGACUCUUCAAUACAUCAUAAUCCUCGUGACAAGGUUGUAUCUGAGCCUACCAUCGAUGACAUUCCUUGUUCCAGAAUUAAAUCAAGAACUCUUAACUCAAAUAAUCAAAGUUCUUUGAAUUCUCCAGUUAAAAAGAAAUUAAAAUCUUAUGUUAAGGGAAAGAAUCCUAGUAUCAAGUCUGUUAUCGAUGUGGUGAUGCCUCUCAUGAAUUCAGCGGGUGCACUUUUGAAAAGAACGUUGUUUAUGUUGACAACAUCUUAA